AUGUCAUGUCAUGAGCAAAAUGAGGCAAAUGACGACGAGGUUGACGACUACGACGAAGAAAGUGGGGAACCGGAUUAUGUGGCAGAAGAAUUUCGACAGUUCAAGAAUCAACGCAAACCGAAUCUGGAAGAAACAGAGACGGUGAAUUUGGGAGAUUCAGAAUGUGUCAAAGAGGUUAAGAUCAGCACUCACCUGAAUGAAACUCAGAAGGAGAGCCUGGUUCAUUUGCUUGCCGAAUACAGUGACGUGUUUGUUUGGGAGGUCGGUGACAUGCAGGGGUUGAGUACUGAUGUCGUAUCUCAUAAGCUGCCUAUCAACCCAGGGUUCGAGCCGGUGAAACAAAAGACUCAGAAAUUUAAGCCUGAAUUAAGUUUGAAAAUUAAGGAAGAAAUCACCAAGCAGAUAGAGUCUCGAUUGGUAGAAGUAACGCAAUAUCCCACCUGGUUGGCCAAUGUCGUGCCGGUCGCCAAGAAGGAUGGAAAAAUCAGGAUUUGUGUUGAUUACAGAGAUCUCAACAAGGCCAGUCCAAAGGAUAAUUUUCCGUUGCCAAAUAUCCAUAUUUUGAUUGACAACUGUGCCAAACAUGAGAUGCAGUCAUUUGUGGAUUGUUACGCAGGGUAUCACCAGAUUUUGAUGGAUGAAGAAGACGCGGAAAAAAUGGCCUUCAUCACACCUUGGGGCGUACAUCACUACAGGGUAAUGCCGUUCGGCCUGAAGAACGCCGGUGCCACUUACAUGAGAGCCAUGACGACUAUCUUCCAUGACAUGAUUCAUAAAGAGAUUGAGGUGUACGUGGACAACGUCAUAAUCAAAUCCCGCGAGAGUUCGGAUCAUUUGACACACCUGAGAAAGUUCUUUGAACGUUUGCGUCGGUACAACUUGAAGCUAAAUCCCGCCAAAUGUGCUUUUGGAGUCCCAGCCGGGAAGUUGUUGGGGUUUAUAGUCAGCAGAAGAGCACAAUCAACAGUGGUAUGCGAGCCCAUUUUCAAGUUGCUGAAGAAAGAUGCCCCGACUAUGUGGACUGAGGAGUGCCAGACCGCUUUCGAUGCUAUCAAGAGCUAUUUGUCUAACCCACCAGUAUUGGUUCCUCCGCGAGAAGGGAGUCCUUUGUUACUGUAUUUGUCAGUUUCAGAUAGCGCAUUUGGAUGUGUACUUGGUCAACACGACGAGACAGGGAAGAAGGAAAGGGCUAUCUACUACAUCAGCAAGAAAUUUACUCCGUACGAGUCUCGGUACACUUUGCUGGAGAGAACAUGUUGCGCUCUAACGUGGCUUGCCCAGAAAUUGAGACACUACUUGUCUUCAUACACCACGUAUCUCAUUUCCAGAAUGGAUCCAUUGAAAUACAUUUUCCAGAAAGCGAUGCCGACUGGGAAGUUAGCCAAAUGGCAAAUGCUGUUGAGUGAGUUUGAUAUUGUGUAUGUGACUCAGAAGGCAAUAAAGGCACAAGCUUUGGCUGAUCAUCUUGCGGAGAACCCCGUUGACGAAGAAUAUGAACCACUUAAGACGUAUUUUCAUGACGAAGAAGUGUCAUUUGUGGGCGAAGAUAUCUCUGAAGCUUAUCCAGGUUGGAGAUUAUUCUUUGACGGAGCGGCGAAUCACCAGGGUAAAGGUGUUGGAGCAGUCUUGGUGUCAGAAUCUGGUCAGCACUAUCCUAUUGCAGCUAAACUGCGAUUCAACUGCACAAACAACAUGGCUGAAUACGAAGCUUGUAUUCUUGGUUUGAAAAUGGCCGUUGACAUGAAUGUUCAAGGAGAAUGGGCUGUGAAGAACCCGAAGAUUGUACCUUACGUACAGUACGUGCAAACUGAUGCUCUUGCCACCAUCGCUUCAAUGAUCAAACAUCCGAAUACUGAUUACAUUGACCCGCUGGAUAUAGAGUUGAAGGAACAUCCAGUCCAUUGUUCACACGUGGAAUCAGAACCAGAUGGUUUGCCUUGGUAUUUUGACAUAAAAAGAUGCUUGGAGUCUGGGGCAUAUCCAGAAGACGCUACAUCUAAUCAGAAGAAGUCGAUACGUCGUAUGGCUCUCAAUUUCUUUCUAAAUGGAGAAGUCCUGUAUAGGAGGACUCCAGAUUUGGGUCUUUUGAGAUGCGUGGAUGCAGCUGAAGCUGUGAGGCUUAUUGAACAGAUACAUGCUGGAGUUUGCGAAUCCAUCAUUACUGAUAACGGUGCAAAUCUCAACAGUCAUCUGAUGAAAGAGAUAUGUGAACAAUUUAAGAUUAUUCACCGGAGGUCAACUGCUUAUCGCCCUCAAAUGAACGGAGCUGUAGAGGCCGCCAACAAGAAUAUCAAGAAGAUUCUGAGGAAAAUGAUUGACAAACAGCGAGGUUGGCAUGAAAUGUUGCCAUAUGCUCUACUAGGUUAUCGAACAACGGUCAGAACAUCGACUGGGGCUACUCCAUACUUGCUAGUAUAUGGAACAGAGGCCGUCGUGCCUGUUGAAGUCGAGAUACCGUCAUUAAGGAUCAUCCAAGAAGCUGAGUUAAGCAACGCUGAGUGGGUUAGCAAACGGAUUGAUCAACUGGCUUUGAUUGAUGAAAAUAGAAUGGUCGCCGUUUGCCAUGGCCAGUUGUACAGACAGGGAAUGACUCGCGCUUUUCACAAAAGAGUAAGAGCCAGAAAUUUUGAAGUAGGUCAGUUGGUUCUUAAGCGUAUUUUUCCUCAUCAAGACGAGUACAAAGGAAAGUUCGCACCAAACUGGCAAGGUCCGUACAUGGUUCGUAAAGUACUAUCGGGAGGUGCUUUGGUCUUGUCAGAGAUGGAUGGCGCUGUAUGGCCAAAGCCUAUCAACUCAGAUGCUGUCAAGAGAUACUAUGCGUGA